GUGACUGAAAUAAAUUAAUUAACUUUUAUUAACAGUAUUAUGGAAACUGUGUUGGUAUAAAGGUCACAAUAAACCACCAUCAUCUUUUCAUUGCCUUCCAUUGACUAAUUACAAAUAUUAAUUAUUAGAAUGAGCCACUGAGAGUAAUGUCAGCAAUGCCUUAAUGUUAAUAUUUCAUCUAGCUUAAUUUCUUGAUUAUAUUAGAACGUUUUUAGCUGACUUCAUGUUUGUUAACUGUAGAUAUAAGAGGUUUGAGAAAGCCUUUUUAUUGGCUGUAGACAUUGGAGCUAAAGACCUCUUCAUGGUAAGUUGUUCUCCAAUUUUUUUUUUUUUCAGUGGUAUUGCUUAUAAAGCUGAAAAGCCUCCUUUCAUUGUUCAACAAUAGCCUUUUAUUUAUGUAGGUUGUAAACAAAGUCUAUGUAAAGCUUUACAAAGAAGCGAGAUGUUUCAUUUAUUUCCACUAUCAAAAGUACUCAGACACAAUAUACCUUCAAAGACAAUAGAUCAAAUUCUAGUUUAUAUUAAUUAAACUAUCCUCAGUACAAUUGCUGAUAAUGAUUUCACCAAAAAAUAUCUAAAAGUGUAUUUAAAUCUCAAGAAUACAAUUCAGAGUAAAAAUUGCCAAUGAAUGGUGAUAAUCAAUUAUUGUAGUGCUGGACUACCACCUACUCUUUUUAGUUAAAUAUCAAUUAAUAAAGAAGCAUUUAAUAUUUGAUUGCUGGUUUUUUCUUGUAACGCCAUCAAAAAUGCCAUAUAUUAGCAUACAAAAUUUAGAAUCAAUGAAUCAAAAGAAAUUAGGGAAAUAAUUUUAUAUGCAACGGUCUCACUCAGAUUAAUUUUUCUGCAGUUUUAUUGUGUACAAAAUAUUCUGAGCAUUAUUGUUUUACCCAAAUGUACAGAUGUACAGAGCUUUGUCUGUUGGUGUUUUGCAACAACCAACAAAUUUGGACCCUGACUUGGGUCAUUAGAUUGUUCUUGGGUGAGACACUUUCCUCUUUUACUCCCACACCACCCAAGUGUUAGUAGGCACCAGUGAAUUUAAUGCUCUGGCUGGGAGGUAAACCUGCAAUAGACUUGCAUCCCCCUCAGAUGGGUGGAGCCCAAAUAUUCCUAUUCCAACUUGGCUCUAAUGCAGACUCUAUGACCUUUCACUAAGCAGCUGAACAGUGCGGCAACAUUUUGACUGCACCACACAUAUUCUAACCAACCAAUCAGAAUAUCUUGUUGCUUAAAUCUUUUAGGAUAUUCACUAUCUAGCAUGUGACAUUGGUAAUUAUCCUCUAGCUGAAGUAGCAAAACAGAGAGCAAUUCAAAUUGAUAAUGAACCUCUUACGUCAGGUGGGUAGUUGUCUUUACUCCUUUAUAUGGAAACCUGCCCUAUGACCAUAAGCACAUUCCUUUUGCUCAGCAAAUAAAUAUACUCAGUCAUUUUCUUUUCUUCAAAACCUGGCUUAGUAUCCUCCAGGAAACUUAAAGUUGAGGGAGAAAAUUAUUAUAAUUAUAAUGAGGUGGCAAUAGACUAGAUUCAAAGGCACGAGGUGGGGGUCGUAUAGAAGGCCAGGUGACCCCACUGCCUCCAUUUGCAGGGGUCCAAUUGUAAUUGUAAAGGCCCAGAAAAGUGCAUUUCAGUGCAUUUUGAUUGACCAGGGGAAGGAUUUUAGCCAUGAGGGUGGCCUAUUUACCAACUUUUGCUUUAAUUAGUUUAUGCGUGUUUUUAGUGAACAAAAGUGUUGAGAAACAAAAGGCAGAUAUAGUGUUCCUCCCAAAAAUAAUAGUGUGAGUAGUUGGAUCUUCCAUCACAACUAGACUGCAAUUUUUUGCCAGAGCUUCUGGAGUACCCCCAUUUGUUAACACAAGCAGAUUUUUAUGGCCCUUAGGUUGUUGCAUGCAUGGUGUCCCAACAUUUUCAUCUAAGGGAAGUUUAACUCCAUUCUAGAAGUUUCUUAGUCAAAUGUUAAUUAGAAACUGUGACCUUGGCAUUGAUUGGAAUUCUUUUCUGUUAUAGACACUGGUGAAUCUUAUGAUGAUGAAGAUGACCUGUCAUACACAGAAGAAGACAACAUAGCCAAUAGUGAAAGGACCAGAGGAGGAGCUGUUUACCAUGGUGAUGAGUAUGUCUACAUACAAAAUCACACACUUUCCCCUCAAGAUCUCAUGCCUUUAGGUGAAGAAGAUGAUGAUGGAGCUAUAUUAAUGUUACAAGGACCUCAAAGAAGUGAGUCAAUAACUUAUUCUAUUAUUGCAGACACCCUUGGUCUUCACUGAGUUAGUGUCCAUGAUACAUGUAGUUGGUUGCGAGAGGACAUGUUUUUGAAAGCAUGAGCAUCAGAGGGGUUACAUUAUCCAUUUCCAUUAACACAGUCUCACCCCAAGCACCAGAAAUAUUUAAGCAGACUUUAAUAAACUUAUUUUGUUCAAAAGUCAGCAAUUCUGCAGUUUAGCUGGCCUUGAUGGGUAACAUUAAGAGCUUAAAGUCUAAAAUAUGGUGCUUGAUGUGCAUUAUUGCAAGGGUUAAAACAAUAAAAUUGUGAUGCUGAGUCUUGCUUUUUAUCCAAAGAUAGCACAAGAAUAUAUGCUUCAUUUUAAAUGGAAAAUAAAGUCUUAACAUCUAGCCUGUACUAGGGUCUCAAUCACUGCAAAUAUGAGAAAAAAAAGCGGGCAAGUAGCGCACAAACGAAAAAUGGCAGAAAAAAAUGGGAGAUCAUUAAAGCAUCUUUCUAAAUACCUCAGUCUGCCCACUUCAUCAGAAGUUAGUUUCAUUUUAUCAUUUAACUUUUCCUUUUUUAGCUCACUAUUCAGGACAAGACACUGAUGAGGUGAUUAAAAAUAAUGUAUUUCUUAGAAAAUGAAUUGAUAACAUUUAUUAAAAAAAUGAAUAUUGUAUCCAUGAUGAUUUACAGUGCAACCACACAAACUGAGGCCACUCUGACAAAAUUGGCGUGUACUAAAACCCGAAACAACAAAACAAAACCAUCAAAAUGAGCGAAAUGGCUGUAAUGACCAAAACGAAAUCACCAAAACAAGCAAAACGGCCGAGACGACAAAACAAAACCACCAUAAUGAUUAUAAUAAUAAAAAAAGCAAAAGCUAGAAUAUAGCUGACAUUGUCAUUAUCUUCUUUAGCUCACUUACUAGGAACUUCCUCAAUAGGUCUUUUUUACGAAAACUGUUCAACAGAAAGCUUGUCCGUAUCUCUACCAAGUAUUGAUAUUUUGUGAUAUUCCAGUCACUUAGUAAUCCCACCUCCAUAUAGUCUCCUAUGCAGCUCAUCUUACUCUUCUCCUCCAUCUCUGUACCUUCACGUACCCUGCAUGGAGAAGUGUUACCUGAAGAGGCAAAGAAUGGCUCCAUAGUAGGGUUGCAUAGUAAACUGCCGACAGCUGUUCGUUUACAGCCAACACAUACAUGCAUACGUGGAGCUGGCGUUUUGCCCUCACGUCAGCAGUACUAUCAUUACUAUUAUCUUGGGGAAAAGCCACAGACCCUCUAUUGGGCUGGGUCAGCACUGGACCAUACCACUCGGGGCGGUCCAUGAUCUCCCCCUUCGAACCCCUUUUUAUUGGGGGGAGGCAUCCCUAAUGUAUAGACCGGUAACAAUAAAAAGGAAAACAUAAUGUUUUACGGUUAGUUUGCCACUAACAGUAUAGCCAUGAGAUUCAGAAAUCUCUGCAAAUCUUGUUACUUUUGGCUUUCUAUCUUAGUCAGAAGCCAAUUGUUAGUACGGUGUUAUUUUUCCUUCUUUUCCUUUUUGGUGGUGAGGAGAUUAAAGUGAGCUGGCUCCCAGUAUUUUCCUCUUUAAGAAUUCGAUUCCAAUGUUCUGACAAUCAUUUUCCAACUCUCAUUUGGCGUAUUUUGUAAGAGAAUAAUAAUUUAUGACUAUUGAGGGAGAGAGGGGGUCCGUAUGGGUUCCACCUUUUAAGUGUCCCAAAGUGUAACUGUUGUUGUUUGGGUCGGAGGGUAAUCUUCUACCCAGAUCUCUUGUUGACGAAGCUGAAGGUGAGAUCUGGCCAAGUAAGAAAAUUCACUUUUUUUGAUUGGCUAGACUGUGUGCGAAUGAUAUGAGUGUUGUCAUCUGCGCACGCUUUGGCAUGUGCCAUUUAUUCUUUUUGCAGCCUUUAGUUCUGUUCAAAUGAAUAUUUUCACUAAUAAAAGAAGUAAUUUUCCUUCUCAAUAUAACUUGUAAAACCAAUUUUUAUCUUAUCUGUUGAGACCUUUUAAAACUCUCUCUCUGUGUCUAUCAAGACUUUUGAAGAGGAUUAAAAAAAUUUUCUCAUAGAAGUUGAUGUAUACUGCUUUGAGGUUUUGGUGCACUGUGUUAAUUGAGUUCAAACUAACUGUCAUGUUGAAUUUGAUGGUAAAAAAGAACAAAAACAACAUAAAAUUAGUUGGUUCAUACUUACUUGUAGGAUGUACAUAUAACCACAUUUUGUGAGAAAAAACUUCAUGGCCCUAUCAGAUUUGUUUAUUAACACAUCAAAAAUUGAGGACUUACUUUGAGCAUGCGCGCUUUCAUUGCCUGUCACAUUCCUGACAGGCAAUCACGGGUACAAAGUCGGAUUUGACCAGAUCUUGCCUUCAGCUUGAUCAAUAAGAGGUCUGGGUAUGAGAUUAAGGUUUGGGAGGCCAUGAAAGGCCAUGAGGGACAGGAUAACGAUAUUCAAAUGAGAUUUUUUGGUUUUGAUUAACUGAAACAUUAAACUAAAAAUAUCCUGUAACUCUAGAUACAUCAAUACUAAGACAGAGUACCUAAUGGUACACUGGUAAAUGAAGGUGUCAGUUUCUAACAAAAAUUUUGUGUUGUAUAAGUGUGGACGUGAAAUAGGAAGAUUUGGUUACUGAUCCUGACACUGAGCGCUACUCCUUCAUGAGGAUUGUUGGUUGUGGUUUAAAACUGGGGGUUGGAACUAUGUAAUUGGUGAAACAUCAGAGGUGACGUAAAAAAAACAAUAAUAAAGAAAGUACUUUGAACAGUUGAAUGAAAAGCGUUCGUUGUCCAUGAGGAUGAGUGCCGUAUGAUAUUAAUUUGAGUUAAAUCACCAGCUUUCCGUCUGUUGAACAGUCUUCGUUCUUUAGAUGUCCCUAAAUGUGAGACAAUCGUUGAGGAGACAUGAAUGAAACACGGAAACAAACAACAUGGAUUGAAAUCCACUAAUCACAAACCAUGACCUUUUCAACUCGCUGAAGUAAACAUGUGUUUCCUAGGAGGUCUGCUAAGGUGGUUGACAGAACAGAAAAAAAGUUUGCAAACACGCAGCGCGAUAUAACAAAUUUGGCUCUAAGUACCUUUGCCAUCGCCCUGUUCUCUGCUCUAUAGUAUUGUAAUAGUAUUGUCAUUUUCUUGAGACACAAAUGUUAUGGCAGAGUGAACAAACAGCAAAUCAUAACUGGCCAGUCCUUUAAAACUUCAGAUUCUACAAAGAACCGCUCUCAAAUUGGAAUUAAGCAGGAAAGAAAGAUAGAAAUUACUAUGUGAAGACGUUUAUAUGGACAUUCAAGCAAAUAAAAAUGAUCUCUGCAUGGAAACUGUGGUUCACUCGCUGUGUGCCAUUUGCCAUGAAAUGAGUGGCCAUUGCCUUUAGUUCGGAUUGUUCAAAAUUUCUUUACUGCUGGCUGUGAUUCCAGCCAACCCAGACAAUGUCAAAACAUUUUUCAGCUUGACUUAUACCAACAUCACAAUUCCUUAGCUUAUUCAUAUUUUAUAUCCUUUGGAAAAAUGGUUUGUGACAUAUUUUGCACUGGUCCUGACCUGUGAUUGGCUAAUUUCAAAAAUUGACUCAAGAUUUUGUCUGGGUGGCCUUGGUUUGUGUGCUCACACUGUAAGUGAACUAGUUCUGAAAAACGCUAUUGUGAAAAACUUGGGGUGUGUUCCAUUUGAAUGAUCCUGAUCAGGAUCAGUGAUUCAAGAUCACUCAGAUCAUAGCACAUCAAUCUGUCCUAGGCAAAGAUUCAUCAGCUCUUUGAUGUGCCAUGAUCUGAGUGAACUUGGAUCACUGAUCCUGACCUAGAUCGUCCCAACAGAAUCCACCCGUAGUCUUGUUGUGCUUGUCAUUUAUCCAUCACUUGUUAUUUUCCUCAUAGUCAGUUGAUGGGGUAAGUUAUUUUUCUUUUAUUAAUGCUGAAUUAUAAAGAUAAAGCAUUAAUGUAAAAGAAAAACACUAUUACUAGAAUAGAUAUGAAAUAAUUAAGGUAAAGAAAUUAGUACAAGUGAUUUGGUAUUUCACUCCUUUUUAACUUGUGCAGAUAUUCUGUUUCAUUGUUUUAUGUUUAUUUUUUCUGUCUUCACAGUUGGAUCUUGACCCUGUUGAUCAGCAUGAAAGCACUGCUGGCAACCUCAAGAUUGUACAUUUUGGUGUGGUUUAG